UUUUUAGACUGGUGCUAGUCGGUCAACACGUGGGGAGGAGAGGCUGACUUUCUACAGGGACACGUUUGAAAAUCUCACUUUUUCAGUACUGCUCUCAUCGUGGCGGCACCGAGGACCCUUAAAUACUGUGUAGCUGUUAGUGUCCUGAGGAAAUGCCGCUGAGGUUUCGCUCUGUUGUUCCUUACACGCUGCCUGGAGUCCUCGCACUGAUCGGCUGGUGGUGGUACAUCUCACGAAAGAAAGAUCGGCUCAUUGGCCAUGACUGUCAAGAAGGCCCUCCCACCACCACAGGCCUGAGAGCAUCUCCAGCUGAGGGGAGCAACGGGUUGGUCGAGAAAGGCACAGAAAGCCCCACGAAUGACACAGAAAGCUCCACCCACAGACCUGUACAGGGUGGGAUCCAGAGAACGCAAAAUGUAUCCACUGAAACAGUGCAAAGAAGUGAAGAAGCUGCCCUUUAUGUGGGCAGAAUCCCCAUCCCUUCCACUCAGACGACACCUGGGGGAGAAGAAGAUGAGCUCAAGGUGUCAGUGCAGGACCAUAAGGACCCUGAUAGGAGCUCACUAACAGAGCCCGAGACGCACAGGGUCAAAGAUCACACCUCAGCCGCAGAGCAGGCCGUCCUGUUUUCACAGUCUACCAAAGUCUCAAGCUCCGCCCCCAUAUCUGACGCAGAGCGGCCAGAGCCGGAGGGGGAGGUGUCAAAGCACCACAGCACAGCAGACGCACAGGAUGAGGUGCUGGUCUGCAUCGUCACCCCUGCCAAAGUCCACAGAGAGACCCCGCCAAAGGCGGACUCUCAAGAGACCAUGCCCUCUGCGCAGGAUUUACACCAACACGUCCUGACCAGCACACCUUUCCCCUCCCACACCCACUCUCCAGCCUCUGCAGCUCUCAGCACCCUCGAGGACUCCUCCGCCCCUUUGUCAGAGACCACUGAGGAUGUCACAGAGCCGGAUCUGGAGCUCCUGGCAGCUGGACUCAUUACUGAGGUCAUCUCGGCAGCCACCCAGCAGGUCCUCGGUGUCACUAGCAGCCAGGUAACAGACCAAGAUGACAGACUCUGCUCCCAACAGGAGUCAAUCACAGCUGAGCAUCUCCAACAGCUGACCACUCCCUCACAGAGCAAGAUGGAGGAGCAGGGGCUGUCUAACGGCGUCUCCUCAGCUGCUGUAUGGGAGCCUGUAGAGCACAGAAGUCAUCAGAGAGAACAUUGGCCGGUUGCUCAGAGCUCGUCUCUGCUCAGUAUUAAGCAGAGAGGAGAUGAGACAGCCACACCCGCCGAGGACUCAGCCUGCAGCACAUGUCACUCUGAGGAUGGCAUCAGCAGCGAGGACCUUCACAACAGCCUAUUUGACAACCACACAGACGUCCUCCAGGUGACGGGCCUGUCAGUGAGAGAAACCUCGCAGGAUCCGUCACUAGUGGAGUCCACUGCAGAGGAGACGGUUGUGGCUGAAGGGGAGGAGAUAACAGUGGACGCUGCUGGUGAGAUAAAGAGGUUGAAUGGGAUGGGACUGAGGAACGGAGCACACGGGACGUGUGAGGCGGAGACGGAUCAGUCCGGAGGCUCUGAUGUAAACAGCAUGGACUCUGUGGACAGCGGGUGUACAAUGGGUGUCAGUGACAGUCAGAGUAACCACGCUACCUCCUCCAGCUCAGAGCUCAUUCUCUGGGAAAUUGAGGUGCCAAAGCAUCUGGUUGGUCGGUUAAUAGGGAAACAAGGGAGAUACGUGAGUUUCCUGAAGCAGAACUCAGGCGCAAAGAUCUACAUCUCCACUCUGCCUUACACACAGGAGUUUCAGAUCUGUCACAUAGAGGGCACGCAGCAGCAAGUUGACAAAGCUCUGUCCCUCAUUGGGAAGAAGUUUAAAGAUCUGGACCUGACAAACCUUUAUGCCCCACCUCCACCCCCUCUCACACUACCAUCACUACCCAUGACUUCCUGGCUCCUUCUCCCUAGUGGAGUAACAGUUGAGGUAAUUGUGGUGAACAUCGUGUCAGCUGGUCACGUCUUUGUGCAGCAGCACACACAUCCCACCUACCACGCCCUGCGGAGCCUUGACCAGCAGAUGUUCCUCUGCUACUCACAGCCAGGCACACCAGCGCUGCCCUCACCUGCUGAAGUUGGUGUGAUCUGUGCAGCUCCAGCGGUGGAGGGAGCCUGGUGGAGAGCUCAGGUAAUCACCUUCUACAAAGAAACAAAUGAGGUGGAGAUCAGAUAUGUCGACUACGGAGGCUAUGACCGAGUCAAGAUUGAUUCGCUACGACAGAUCAGGUCUGACUUUGUAACACUACCAUUUCAAGGUGCAGAAGUUUUGCUUGAUAACAUAGCUCCACUUCCAGGAGAAGAUCGUUUCUCAGCUGAGGCCACAUCAGCAUUGGAGGAGAUGACCAGAGGAGCAGCGCUACUUGCACAGGUGUCGAACUACGACAACAACACGGGCCUCCCUCUGGUACACUUGUGGAACAUGGUCGGAGAUGAGGUGAUUUCGGUGAACCGCACACUGGCAGAGCGAGGUCUGGGUGUUUGGGUGGAAGGAUUUUGAACUCCUCACGCACUCUGACAUCCACCUUCCUCCACCUUUAUCCUCCAUCCUCAUCAGGACCUGGGUCACCCACCACUGGAUCUAUAAAGAUUGUUUUUUUUCUUCUUCUUUUUUGUUUGUUUGCUGCCCCCCUCCAACUCCUUUGAAUUAUUGUUGAAAAGAAAUUAAAAAUUGUUUGCAGGCAUAAAUCCUCAGAACAUGGCACUGCUUCAAAAUAAGAGAACCUUUCUGUCCUGAUAAUGUACGCUAAAAGAACUAAAAGAAGGACAAGAAGAGGUACUUGUAAAUGUUUUCUUUUUUAAAAAUCUAUAUUGUAACUAAAUAAAGGUUAAACCAAUA